UAAACGCUUUCUUAAAAAUAUAAAUGAAGAGAAAAUAUAGUUCAAUCUUAGGUAAAAAUGAUUAAAUUCUACCGCCAUUGAACUGACAUCUGUAGGUGGAACACGCAAAAAUUUAGUUUGAAAAUAUGAAUUUUCUUAAAUUUCCUUUUAAAGAACUAAAAAACAUACUUGUUAAUUUAACAAUCAUUUUUCUCAACAAUUAGAUAAUAUUUUACUACGAAUAUAGAGUUAUCUUCCUCGUACUUUUACCCGUGCAUAGCAAUCGAUAAAUGCUCGUUUCUAUUAGCAACAGUGACUAAAAAUGAUACUGUCAAGAUCCAAGCCAGCUUCUUCCGAGGGAAUAAAAAGGUCUGCAUCGGAAAAAAGGAUCCCUAAGCUUGAAGAGUUUUUGGAGAAGCGUGAUUAUACCGGAGCUUUAACACUUCUGGAGUUCAACAGUACUACUGAGAAUAGUUUAAAUUCAGAACUAUGGAUGGGUUACUGUGCUUUUCACCUAGGAGAUUACAAACGUGCAGUUACAAUUUACGAGAACUUAAGAAAGAAGGAACAUGCACCCAUCGAAUUGCCAACAAAUUUGGCUUGUUGUUACUUUUAUCUUGGAAUGUACCCUGAGUCACAGGCGAUUCUGGAAGAUGCUCUAGAUAGCAAAUUAAAAAAUAGACUCAUGCUUCAUUUAGCACUGAAAAUGGGUAAUGAAUCAAAAUUAACGGAGUACCAUCAUAUGCUACAAGAUGUUAUAGAAGAUCAGCUUAGUUUGGCAUCUAUUCAUUAUCUCAGAGCUCAUUACCAAGAGGCCAUCGAUGUUUAUAAAAAGAUUCUCCUUGAAAACAGAGAUUAUUUUGCAUUAAAUGUAUAUGUUGCUUUGUGUUAUUAUAAAUUGGAUUACUAUGAUGUAGCUCAAGAAGUUCUUCAAGUUUACUUACAAAAGUAUCCUGAUAGCGCAAUUGCUAUUAAUUUGAAAGCAUGUAAUCAUUUUCGCCUCUACAAUGGCAGUGCUGCACAAAAUGAAAUGAAACAGCUAGUAGAAAAAAUGUCUAGUUCCUUCAACUUUGGUUAUGACCUUAUACGUCACAAUACAGUUGUGUUUAAGGGUGGCGAGGGUGCACUACAAAUUUUGCCCAAUUUAGUAGAUGUUAUACCGGAGGCUCGACUUAAUUUAGUAAUUUAUUAUUUGAAACAAGACGAUGUGGAAGAAGCUUUCGAAUUAAUCAAAGAUCUUGAACCAUCUGUUCCACAGGAAUAUAUCUUAAAAGGGAUAGUUAAUGCAGUGAUGGGACAAGAAAUUAAUUCUCGCGAUAAUAUAAAAACAGCUCAACAAUACUUUCAACUAGUGGGUUCCUCUGCUUCAGAAUGUGAUACAGUACCUGGUAGGCAAUGUAUGGCCUCUUGCUUCUUUCUUUAUCGUCAAUUCGAGGAAGUUCUAGUGUUUCUGAAUUCAAUCAAGACUUACUUUUCCAAUGAAGAUAACUUUAAUUUCAAUUAUGCUCAAGCACAAGUCGCUGCGGGUUAUUUUAAGGAGGCAGAGGAGGCUUUCUUGAUUAUACGGAAUGAAAAAUACAAGAAUGAUUAUAUUUACAUUAGCCUUUUAGCACACUCUUAUAUAAUGAACAAGAAGCCUCAGCUGGCCUGGGAUUUGUAUCUAAAGAUGGAUACGUCUACAGAGUCAUUUAACUUGGUGCAACUAAUUGCGAAUGAUUGUUAUAAAGUUGGUGAAUUCUGGUAUGCAGCAAAAGCCUUUGAUAUGUUAGAACGUAUGGAUCCUAGUCCUGAGAAUUGGGAAGGAAAACGUGGUGCUUGCUGUGGUACAUUUCAAUAUAUCGUAGCUGAAAAACAACCCAAAGAACUAUUGUCUGAUGUUAUUCAGCUUCUUAAGAACACGUCGAACUCACAAGUGGAGCAGAUCAUUCGAGUGAUGCGCAAGUGGGGUAAAGAUAAUCGGAUCAAUUGCUGAUGAUAAAAAUGGAGAAUCCAUGAGUGAUUCUUUUACAAUAAACAAUUUCAUAAUGUUAAUGUAGUUUAUCUGUGGAAGAUUCGUUUGUCUAAGUCACAAUAAAAGUAUUUUCGUUAAGUAUAAACAGGGCAACGUUUUCCAUG